UAAGAAACUAAAAGUACUGCCAGUUUUUCAGCUGAAAUUAGCUUUUUUGGCCAAAAAUAUAGAAAAGCUUAUAUCUUACAGAAAAACUGUAAUUGUUUUCUCUAACUUAACAAAUGCUUCCUGACAUUACAAGUUUCUAGGAUUUUGAUUAAUGUAACUAGUUAAUGAUUAGAUAUUCCUUAACUACAUGUCAUCACUAGCCAGCUGAUCUUUAAGCUUUAUGUAAACUAUCACUUACAUUCCAAUUUUUAAAAAAAAAAAAAUACUUAGUCUACGAAAUAAGUGAAAUUAAACCUCUUAAGCUUAUUUUAAAAGGCACUUACCAGAAUGAGCAGCAUUUCGCCAGUUUACUAUAAUGCGGAUGCAGUGCGUCGGUAUCUAACAUGGCCUUUGGUCAAUGCUGCAGUGGAGGCGGCGCUUGUAGCUGUAGUUAAACCAAGCCAAGAUCAGGAGACAAAAUCAUUCACGUCCUUUGCCAUCCAACCGAAAAGGAGUUUCACUGCAUGCGGAAAUGAAUCUGCUGGUAUUCUGUUGACCAUGCCCGCCUUUGUGGGCAACUACAGCCUGGGAUCGAAGGAAUCCCCCCGCUCUACGCUGGCCUGCAAACUGGUGACAUCGUUCUGUGGGAAUCAGAGGCGAGAUCCCCCGCUACCCAGCAUUCAUGCUCAUGUCAUGCUAUUCGAUAAGCAAACCGGUCAACUAUCAGCUAUAAUGGAGGGCACGGAUUUGACCACAUGGCGCACUGUUUCCGCUUCACUGGUGGCCACAAAGUAUCUGUACUUCCGGCGAUUUGGUUUGCAAGCGGAAAAGGAAAGGCAAAUCAAUGUGGCCAUCGUGGGCUGCGGAGUCCAAGGGCAACACCAUGCCGCAGCCUUUUGUGCCAACUUCCGGGUAAAGCAGCUCAAUCUUUACAACCGAACUACGGCGAAAGCACAGAAUUUAGCAGAGAAACUGCAGCGCGAAUUGGGCAACGAAAGCGGGACACAGAUUGCAGUUUCUCGGAGUGCCAAUGAAGCUUGCCAGAAUGCCGAUGUAAUCUGCAUUGCCACGUACUCCUGCGAUCCGCUGGUCCAUCUUAAAGAUCUAAAAGAUAAGCAAGGCGUUCACAUUAAUGCUGUAGGUGCCGGCGAAGUCGAAUUCUCGGAGGUUGCUCCUGAUGUUUACCAGAAGGCUGAGAUCUAUGUGGAUUGCUAUGCCAAUGCCGAAGCCGAAUUGGUAGGUCUUAAAGCCUCGAUCACUGCUGAACUGGGAGCCAUUAUCAACAACGGAAGCUAUCCCGAGGAGUCGGACAUUUCCAUCUUCCAAUCCAUGGGCAUGGCUUCGGAAGAUGCUUGUGUGGCCCAGGCGGUAUAUGAUGCCAUCCUCUCCAGCGCCGAAGAUUCUUGAUUGUCGUCGAGCUGGAAAUCCAUGUUCGGUAUCAGCCCAAUUCAAACCACCGGCUUGUUAACCUUUCAUUUGUAUAUAUGUGUAUAUAAAAAAGCUAUUGGAAACAUAA